AUGGCGCUGCUGGCCAAGCACCUGCUGAAGCUGCUGCCCGCAAACAAGAUCGAGACCGGGCCCUUCCUGGAGGUGGUGUCCCACCUGCCACUCUUCUUCCAUUGCCUUGGGUCCCCGGUGUUUAUGCCCAUCAAGGCAGACAUAAAUGGUAACAUUAUGAAAAUCAAACUUAUGUACAACACCGACCUGGCCAAGUUCCGGACCCUGCAGGACAUCCUGGAGGAGGAGAAGGGAAUGUAUGGAGCAGAGUGGCCCAAAGUGGGAGCCACGCUAGUGCUGAUGUGGCUGAAAAGGGGCCUCCACUUCAUCUGGGUCUUCCUGCAGUGCAUGUGUGAUGGGGAACAGGACGAGAGCCACCCCAAGUUCAUCUGCCUCAAUGCCACCAAGGCCUAUGAGGUGGUGCUCAAGAAGUACCACGGCUGGAUCAUGCAGAAGACCUUCCAGGCAGCGCUGUAUGCCGCGCCCUACAAGUGUGACUUUCCGAAACCGCUCGCCAAGGGCCAGAACGUGACGGAGGAGGAGUGCAUGGAGAAGGUCCGCCUGGUCCUGGUCAACUAUGUGGCCACCACUGAUGUCAUCUACGAGAUGUACACCAAGAUGAGCGCUGAGCUCAACUACAAGGUGUAG